UAGUAGGAAUAAAUACAGAAAUAUUAAUAGGAUCGUAUGUAAGUUACAUAAGUAGUCAAGUUCAGUCGACUAAUUCAUCUGCCAAUCAUUGAGUGAGAGAGAGAAGUCAAAGAAAUAUGUUUUUGCAGACUGAAAUUAUAAAGAUAGGUAAAGCCUCUAACUAACACAACUCUAAAAGUUUCAUCUUUCAAGGCAGUUUCUAAGUUUCCCUAUACUCCUGUCUCACACACCUAAAAACCUUAAAACGUUAAUCGCCCAAAACAAUUACUUUCGCUGAAGAAAUCAUUUUGUUGAACUUCAAAACCUCUGAAGCUUAUCUUUGUAUUAGCAAUGAAUGAAAAUAGUUUACAUUAGUAGCUUUACUGCUGACACAGAAUUUUUCUAGCAGAAAGUGGGAUCGAGUUCUAUUUUUUUUUUUAAAUCCAAUAUAUAAUAUUGGAACCGUAUGUAGUUAUCUAAUCUACACAAACUUUUCCUCAGCGCCGUGAUGUCAUGGUAUUAUAAAUUCUAAUUGUGACAGCCACAUAUCUUAAGGGCGUAAUAGCUGACUAUUUGGGGAGUACCGUAACAAUUAUAAAUAAAUAAAGUGAUUAUAACGGAUAAUACAAAUCACGUCUGAGUCGUGUCUAGCAACAACGUUCUAUAAAUUAUGUGUUUCCUGACGGUGCACACGAAGACCGUGGAGAGUCGAUUCGUAUGAACCGACUUUGCGCAAUUUACGUAGGAAUCUUAAAUCAUCGCUUCGCUCUAUGGGCUCUUGAAAAGUUCCAAGAAGAUCCGACGUUUUCAAGGAAAAUUUUGUUCAGCUAUGAGGCCUAUUUCUGGCUCAAUGAAACAUUUUGGACGAAGACCAACCUGAAGAGAUUCAAAAGCUGCCAUUUCAUCUAUAAAAAACAACGAUUAGAUGUGAUUUGUGGGCCAGUGGAAUCGAUAUUUCUUCAAAAACGAUGCCGGUGAGAACGUAACCAUCAAUGGCGACCAUUAUCGUUUGUUGAUAACCGGCUAUUUCAUGCGUGAAAUUGAAUCAAAUAAUUUAUUGAGAGAACACUUCGUUGAACAAAUGAUUUCACGUUUUCUGCCGGUCGAUUGGCCACCAAGAUCAUGUGAUAAUCGCACCCCUUUGACUAUGGGGAUAUGAAAGUCUAAAGUAUUUGCGGACAAUCCGCUUCGAUUCUGGCCUUCGAGCAAAACAUCAAGCGUGUCAUUAGUCAAUUACCAGUCGAAAUUCUCGAACGAUUCAUCGAAAAUUGGACUCAAAAACUAGCGCAGAGCGCAAAAGUAGUGAGCAAAGAAAUGCCGAAAGAUAUAAAAAGUAAACUGUACAUAAAUCGCUUUCCCACACUAACGCGUCUUACUUUUACCUGUUUCAUAUUGAAAAUCUGAAAAGUUUUUCAAAUCACAAAUAAAGUCAAGAUGUUUUCAAAACAAUUUGCAAGAAAUGUCGUAUUACUUUCAAACAACAAUAAUUUACUGCAUAUUUAUAUUUUUGAUGUGCUUGCAUGGAGGAAGGUCACAAUACAAUAUACAUCGAAGAGAUCUGGUGCCAAAGGUGGAGGUCAGCGAUCCAACGAAAGGUCUAACCGAUGCCGAAAUCGAUAUGGCAUUGGACGAUCUCUCCAUAUCGGAUUUGAAUGUGCUAAAUAAACUUAUUGACAGGCCGAAUGCGCCGGAUUACGACUACGUCGAUUACGACAGCCAUAACUAUGCUUUGGGUCCACCGCGCGAUCACACCUUCGACGGAAACCCUAUGGAUGACGAUGCGAAUCUAAAUUACUAUGAUGACAUAGAUGAGCCACCGAGAGAUGCGCGCAAUUCUAUGCAUUUCAAAAUACCGCGCAAGAGCUUGAUGCCCUUCAUGGAACAAACAGAGAACCAAAGAACGAAACGCGACAACGGACACGAAAUAAAACAGGCCGCCGUGGACGCUGAGUAUAUACGGCAACUUGAGAACUCCUUUCCACGCGACCAAGAAGAAAAUAAUGAAGAGGGCGAUGACAAGAAGGAGCACAUACGCGUGAAACGCAAUUGAAUGUAGAGUCUGAACUUCUCGGCUAUACCACACAUGCAUUCAUAUUAUUACUUUCUAAUUUAUAACUUUAUAUUUUAUGAUUUCAAUAAAAUUAUAUAUUUAUUAAUAAGUGCAA